AUGGCUUUAAAUACUUCGUCAAUUAGCCGUCUUAUGCAUGGAAACAUUGAUGAUUUACCAUUAGUAUUACAGGAUAUUCAUCAAUUAAAUGGUGAUGUUAAUGGAGUUUUUUGGGCCCGCCUCAAACUGUCUGACGGGGAAAAUGAUUACCGAGGUUUUGUCAUCGAUAUCUCAUUAUUGAAUGCACUAAACGUAGAUAUAUUUGCGAUCGUUCGUAUUGAGAAGCUCAUCGUGUUGAAACAUCCUCAGGGAAAAUAUGUUCUACAAGUAAUAGAGAUGCAUCUGAUUUCACACGAAGAGAAGUGCAUUGCUAAUUCGCAGGCAUAUCCAUCGCACCCAACGCAAACUUCGACUAUUAUAUCAACAGAACAAAAUUCUCAUGACUGUACUGUCUCUUCAGGGACGGAUCUGUCGAUUCUUGAAUCUCAAAAGAUUCCAAUAGUUCAACUUUCAGCACCAACUUCGAAGAAUAUUGUUAUAGAAGGCCGUGUUAUUCGCAAGAGCGAACUUUGCAUAUUUGCAAAUGGCAAGGGAAAAGUUUUUACCUUUGACAUAGCUGAUUUUUCAUCUGAAAUUCGAUGCAAAGCUUUUAAUUAUAUCACAGAAAUUUUCUUUGAAGCGAUUGCUGUUGGCCAGGCUUACCAACUGCGUCAUUUUGUUACACAACGAAGUAACAGACAGUAUAACCAUUUAUCUCAUAAUUUUGAAAUAAGUUUAACGACGGAUUCUGUUGUUCAACCAAUUUGUAGUGAUUUGUUUCAAAACUUGAAUACUUCUUUCAAUGUUGUUAAAAUUUCCAGCAUUUCUUUAAGCGAUGUCGGUAAAUGCGUCGAUCUAUCAGUUACAAUAAACUCGAUCGGUGACAAUGACUUUAUUUACGUUCAAAAAAGGAAUAGUUUUUUUCAUCGACGUGUUGUUAUGGUGUCGGAUGAUAGUAGUGAUGCUACGAUAGUAUUUUGGGGUGACUUAGCCAAAAGCUUUUCAGCACAAAUCAAUCAAAAUAUUCUAUUAAGAGAAUUGCUGGUUCAAUGUUUCAAAGGUCAACUGCAAUUUGCAACAACGAACAUAACUCUUGUUUCUUUGAAUAAUAAAGUUAUUGUUUGA